AUGUCGAUGCCUCUUUUCUCCACUGGUCGUUCAGCCAUGAGACUCCAUGUGUUUCUCUUCACACUCCUCUUUUUGGCACUCUUAUCCCCAGUAAGAAGCGGUAUGGCUUCUGCUGAAAACCAUUGUCUAAGUCUGUCUGGCAUUUGCAGAAGAGACAUCUGCAAAAUCACAGAGGAUCAGAUUGGAGCCUGUAAAAGAAGAUGGAAGUGCUGUAGAUCUUGGUGGAUUCUGGUUCCAAUUCCAACCCCACUUAUCUAUUCAGAUUAUCAAGCACCCCUUAAGCAUAAGUUGAAAUGA